AUGGCUCUGCACAAUGCCGCAGGGCGCCUGUCCAGGCACGUUGUGCGGUCCUCCGCCUCCGCCGUCCGGAGCACGGCGUCGCAGACACUUUGGCUUCCCAGUAAUGCGCCUCAGAAGCUUCGAUCGAUGGCAACGGUAGUUCCGCCAGUAACGCAAAAUUCCGCUGGUUCUAAGGGACCGACGGCGAUGGUCUUCCUGAACAUGGGCGGCCCAUCUACGACCGGCGAGGUCAAGGACUUCCUCAGCCGGCUCUUCGCCGACGGUGAUUUGAUCCCAUUCGGGAGGCUACAGAGCUACAUCGGGCCCAUCAUCGCAAACCGCCGGACUCCGAAGAUCGAGAAGCAAUACGCCGAGAUUGGCGGCGGUUCGCCCAUCCGGAAAUGGUCCGAGUAUCAGAGCGCGGAGAUGUGCAAGAUCCUCGACGAGAUAUCCCCGGAGACGGCCCCUCACAAGCCGUACGUUGCCUUCCGCUAUGCCGACCCCUUGACCGAGGAGAUGUACAACAAGCUGUUCGAGGACGGCUUCGGGCAGGGGCGCGGCGGUCGAGCCGUUGCCUUUACACAAUAUCCGCAGUACUCGUGCUCUACAACUGGCAGCAGUCUCAAUGAGCUAUGGAAGUGGAGGCAUAGGCUGGAGGGCAAGACGAAUGACCCUACCCAAGGCAACCAAGACGGGUCCAUCACAUGGAGUGUCAUUGACCGUUGGCCUGCGCACCCGGGGCUGGUCAAGGCGUUCGCGAAGAACAUUGAAGACAAGCUAGCGGAGUAUCCUGAAGAAAGGAGAAAGGAUGUUGUCCUGCUGUACUCGGCUCACAGCUUGCCGAUGACUGUCGUGAACCGAGCAGGUGACCCGUAUCCCGCCGAGGUCGCAGCCACGGUGUAUGCCGUCAACCAGCGCCUUGGGUUUUCGAACCAGUACCGGCUGUGCUGGCAGUCGCAGGUCGGCCCUCAGCCUUGGCUGGGCCCGCAGACGCAGACGUCGGUUGAAGAGUACAUUGCGAAAGGGCAGAAGGACCUCAUCCUCAUACCGAUUGCAUUCACGUCAGAUCACAUCGAGACUCUGUACGAGCUGGACAAGGAGGUGAUUGGCGAGUCCGGGCACGCUGACACGGUCAAGCGUGUGGAAAGCUUGAACGGCAGCCCCAUCUUUAUCAGGGCGUUGGCUGACAUAGCCAAAGCCCACCUGAGCGAGAACCAGGCGUGCUCGAUGCAGAUGGGCCUGCGUUGCCCAGGGUGCAAGAGCGACAGGUGUCUUGAGUCCAAGAGGUUCUUCGCGGGGCAGCAGGCAAGGCUGUAA